AUGAAAGUGUUAUUUGUUCUAGCAGCCUUACUGGCAGCAGCCUGUGCCCUGCCGAUUGAGGAGCGCAUCAAUGGCGAGAACGGCUGGUACGUUCCCCAGGUUGAUGGCAGCUUCAAGUGGAUGGAGCUGAAGGAUGCCGAAGAGCUGCUGGCCAACGCCGAGCAAAUGGAGGGCCGCGCCAGCAAUGACGUCCGUUUCUACCUCUACACCAGAUCCAACCCCACUGAUGGCAAGGAAAUCAAGGCUGAGGCCUCCUCCGUUGACGAUUCCCACUUCGACAAGGACCACGGCACCCGCUUUGUCAUCCAUGGAUGGAAUGGACGUUACACCGAUGACAUGAACACCCGCAUCACCAAGUCCUGGCUGUCAAAGGGCGAUUACAACGUGAUUGUCGUGAACUGGGACCGUGCACAAUCCAUUGACUACGCUUCCUCUGUGCUGGCUGUUCCCGCGGCAGGUGAAAAGGUCGGAGAGAUGAUCAAUUAUCUGCAUGAGCAUCAUGGCUUGUCUCUGGACAGCCUGGAGGUCAUCGGACACAGCCUGGGAGCCCAUGUCGCUGGCUAUGCUGGCAAGAAAGUUGGCGACCAUCGCGUCCACACCAUUGUGGGUCUUGACCCUGCCCUGCCUCUGUUCAGUUACGAUAAGCCCGACAAGCGUCUCUCCAAAGAUGAUGCCUUCUAUGUUGAGUCCAUCCAGACCAACGGCGGCAAACUGGGUUUCCUCAAGCCCAUCGGCAAGGGCGCCUUCUACCCCAAUGGUGGCAAGAAGCAGCCAGGAUGUGGUGUGGAUGUGACUGGCUCCUGCUCCCACGGUCGCUCCGUUCUGUACUACGCUGAGGCCGUCACCGAGGACAACUUCGGAACCGUCAAGUGCCACGACUACGAGGCAGCUGUGGCCAAGGAGUGCGGCAGCACCUACAGCAGCAUCCGCAUGGGUGCGGUGUACAAUGCCUACAUGGUUGAGGGUGACUUCUAUGUGCCCGUGAACAGCAAGGAGCCUUUCGGCAAGAUUGAAUAGGAAUUCGCACACUCAUGGAGUGAAUAAAAUGAAACAAAGAAACGAA